ACUAUUUGUUUUCAUCUUCUUUUCAGUUAUCAGCACCACCACUCUCAAUUCUUCGAUCUAUCACUUUUCUUCGUUUCCUUCGUUUCUCUCUCAAUUCGCAUUUUCUUUUCCCUUUUUCUUUCACUUUCCGUUUCCAAUACUCAAUUACCAAAGAUUUAGGGUUUUCGUUCACUCAUCUUUCUCCUGGAUCUGUAACCAGAGCUAGGAGAAUAAACAUUGCAUGCUUGUUUAGCUAUCCCUAAUUAUGGCGUCUUCGUAUCCUGGUUCCGUUAGUGCCGCUCAGGUUGGUUCUUACUUCGUUGGACAGUACUAUCAAGUUCUUCGUCAACAACCUGAUCUUGUUCAUCAGUUUUACUCUGAUUCCAGCUCCAUGAUUCGUGUUGAUGGUGAUUAUUCUGAGACUGCAUCUGAUGUGUUGCAUAUUCAUAAUAUUGUGACAUCACUGAAUUUUUCGACAAUUGAGAUCAAGACGAUCAAUUCUCUUGACUCUUGGGAUGGAGGAGUGAUUGUGAUGGUUACGGGUGUUGUUAAGAUCAAGGAUGUGAACAGGAAGCAGAAGUUUGUUCAGACUUUCUUCCUUGCCCCUCAGGAGAAGGGUUAUUUUGUGCUCAAUGAUAUAUUUCAAUUUGUUCAUGAGGAAGUAGUGCAUCCAAAUCUGGUACCGGUGACCUCUGAAAAGAUUGACUCACAGCCACAUGUGUCUGCUUCUUUUGCUGAGCCACCAGCUUCAGACUAUGGUUUUGAGGAAGAAGCAAGGGAAUAUGUCAACUCAGUUCAUAUAGACGAUGAUCCGGUGGACAAGUAUAGUCUUCCUGAGCAGCAUCAGCAGCUACAAGAAGAUUUCGAAUCUGAAGUUGUGGUGGAGGAAACUCCUGCACAGGAGGCAUCUCCACAGGUGUAUAGUGUUGCACAAACUAUCCGUGAAACCCCUGUUGCUCAUGUGGAAGAGUCGUAUGAGGAGCCUGCUAAGAAAACUUAUGCAUCUAUUUUACGUGUCGCCAAAGGCCAAUCAGUGGUGUCCGCUGCACCACAACAUGCUCCACAGCAUUCUUUUAAAAGUGCUCCUCCUCCUUCCGAUUUUAAUCAUGUCACACAGCCUGCUGUUCAGCAGUCAGUGGUGCAGCCUGCGUUUCAGCAGUCAAGAUCAGCAUCUACAUAUGUUUCAGAGUCUGGGGCUGAGGCAACAGAAGAAAGCUACAAAUUUGAAGAAGAAGAAGUAACAUCUGUCUAUGUGAGAAACCUGCCUGGUGAUAUUACCGAAGCGGAGAUUGAGGAGGAGUUCAAGAAUUUCGGCAGAAUUAAGCCAGAUGGAAUAUUUGUAAGGGUCCGACAGGAAAUUGGAGUUUGCUAUGCAUUUGUUGAAUUCGAAGACGUUGUUGGAGUUCAAAAUGCACUUCAGGCUUCUCCCAUACAAUUGGCUGGUAGACAAAUAUACAUAGAGGAGCGAAGACCAAGCAGCGGCGGUGCAGCUCGAGGAGGAAGAGGAAGGGGAAGAGGCAGAGGCGGUUAUCCAACAGAUGCUCCAAGAGGGCGUUUUGGUGGCAGGAGCUCGGGAAGGGGUUAUUAUCAGGAUACCUCAGACUAUACCAGGAGCUCGGGAAGAGGUGAUGGUUAUCUUCAGCGCGGUUCACGAUAGGAAAGUGUCGUGAAAGCUUGCUUGAUAUGUUAUUCAAUGGCUUAUACAUUUAGUGAAAUCUGAGCUUGAUUCGGUAUCUAAUGCACAACAUUUUCCUUCUGUAGUUUCAUGAAAAGGAUUCUUACAUUUCGGGUGUCUUUUUUAAGUUCAAAGUCUUUGAGAUUUACUAGUUUGUUUUGCAAGUAUAGAUCAGUUAGUUCCCUUUGAAUGAUUUUUAUGAUGCCAUUCAGGUGGGAAAUUUUGUUAUAUGUAUUGCCUUGUGUCAGGAUUGUGGAUGUUUUUUUAAUGAGAAAAGGGGUUUGAAAGGAA